GAGCAAGUGCGUGGGCCGAGUCGCAGGGAGGACGGCACCGCCCAAGGGCCGGUCGGAGGGAGGCUGGGGCAGCGCGCUCGCAUCUCCCUAGAUUAGAACGAGGCCCCGCGUCGCUCCACCCGAAGCCGGGACGCGAGAGGCUGCAGGGACCAGCGCCGCGUUCGUUGUUCUUGCAGCCGCGGCCGCGGAGAGUGAGACGCGGGCGACACCAGGGCUCUGCAGCUGGAGAGCUGUUGACUGAUUCCUCGUGUGAAGCAAUGGAGGAAACCUUUUGAUGUUCAGGAAUUCUUGUUUAAAGGAGGUGCAUAAGACUGCAAAAUGGCCUAAGGCUGAAGAUAGCAUACAUGCUUUCAGACUGAAACCAGAAGAGUACUUUGCUAAUAUUUGGUGCACUCUUCAAAAUGAAUGAGUUUGCUUAUCAACACACUUAAAGGUUUUACUUUUUUCUAGAUGUAAUAAAGCUGCUUUGUGAAUUAUCUGUACCAAUAAGUAGUACUUAGUUCUCUUACCUGCUAGAUUGUGUUAUAGUUUGACAUUUCUCCACAAGUCAUCACCUUUAUUUGACAGUUAUUGUAGCUGAAUAAAAUAUAACCUUCAAUGAGAAGCAAAGGAAUAAAUAAAUACCUCUUCUUGUGUAGUGGAAUGUGUUACUUCUCUUAGAUACUUGAUAACCGGAGAUGCUGUCUUCACCUCCUCAACAUUGUCAUAAAAGAAUUGCAUCAUUUUUCUUGAAGACAUUCCAUUAUUGUUCAUUGACCUUUCCCUGACUACUGAGUCCUUGGGAUUUGAGUUAUGUCAACAGCUGCCUUAAUUACUUUGGUUAGAAGUGGUGGGAACCAGGUGAGAAGGAGAGUGCUGCUAAGCUCCCGCCUGCUGCAGGAUGACCGGCGGGUGACACCCACAUGCCACAGCUCCACUUCAGAGCCCAGGUGUUCUCGGUUUGACCCAGAUGGUAGUGGGCGUCCAGCCACCUGGGAUAAUUUUGGGAUCUGGGAUAACCGCAUUGAUGAGCCAAUUCUGCUACCACCCAGCAUUAAGUAUGGCAAGCCAAUACCCAAAAUCAGCUUGGAGAAGGUGGGCUGUGCCUCACAGAUUGGCAAACGGAAAGAGAAUGAAGAUAGAUUUGACUUUGCUCAGCUGACCGAUGAGGUCCUGUAUUUUGCGGUUUACGAUGGACAUGGUGGGCCUGCAGCUGCUGAUUUCUGUCAAACCCACAUGGAGAAAUGCAUCAUGGAUUUGCUUCCCAAGGAGAAGAACUUGGAAGCUGUGUUGACCUUGGCUUUUCUAGAAAUAGAUAAAGCCUUUGCGAGUCAUGCCCAUCUGUCUGCUGAUGCAACCGUUAUGACCUCUGGGACUACUGCAACAGUAGCCCUGUUGAGAGACGGUAUUGAGCUGGUUGUCGCCAGUGUUGGGGAUAGCCGGGCUAUUUUGUGUAGAAAAGGAAAAUCCAUCAAGCUGACCAUUGACCAUACUCCGGAGAGAAAAGAUGAAAAAGAAAGGAUCAAGAAGUGUGGCGGUUUUGUAGCGUGGAAUAGCUUGGGACAGCCUCAUGUGAAUGGCAGGCUUGCGAUGACAAGGAGUCUUGGAGACUUGGAUCUUAAAAGCAGUGGUGUGAUAGCAGAACCAGAAACGAAGAGGAUUAAGCUACAUCAUGCCCAUGACAGCUUCUUGGUCCUCACUACGGAUGGAAUUAACUUCAUGGUGAAUAGUCAAGAGAUUUGUGACUUCGUCAAUCAGUGCCCUGAUCCCACUGAAGCGGCCCAUGCAGUGACUGAACAGGCAAUGCUGUAUGGUGCUGAAGACAACAGUACGGUCAUCGUGGUGCCGUUUGGUGCUUGGGGGAAAUACAAGAACUCCGAAAUCAACUUCUCCUUCAGCCGAAGCUUCGCCUCCAGUGGACGAUGGGCCUGAGUGCUGGCCGGGACUUCGAGUUUCUGUGCAACAGUUUUUCACUAA